AUGGCACCGAAAGUGCGAAAAGCAGCGCACGUGGAGAAGGUUGAGCAGCUGGUUGCGGCGCCCAUGGAAGUCAAUGAAGAUCCAGAAAAAGCAAGGGCAGAGGGAGAGGUGGAAGAUGUGCAUCCAGGGGAAAGGAGCACCACAUUUCUACAACGGUCUCCUUCUGCAACGAAUCAGGCAGCGUCUGAUCUUGCUAAUGACAGGCGCCUAAUGGGUGCAGCUGCAACAAUUGGUGGAGCAGCAGGAACCCUUCUCAUGGGCCCAGUGUCUGGUGUGGCCCUGGGGGCAGCAGCUCUCUAUGCCGCAACUCGUGAAGGUUGCACGGGCUCAAUGGCGCGAAAAGCUGGCACGGUGUAUUUGAAUGUCGCAGACACUGCCAUUGAUGAGGGCAUUCGAGCUGUUGAUCGAGGAGUGAAGGCCUUCGGUACUGCAGUUGAUCGAGGUUGCCGACAACUGGAGACCUCCACGUCUGUGCCAACUCCUAUCCGUGUGAGCCUUCAGCAGUGGCGCAGGCAGAGUGAGGACCGGAUACCGCCAAAGAAUGGCGAGGCUGCAGAUGAAGCAGAAAAGAUCAGAUCGAAGUAUCCAGAUCGCGUUCCGGUCAUUUGCGAGAAGUCCACACGAUCAACACUGCCAGAGUUGCCAAAAAGGAAGUUUGUCGUUCAUGGAAAUAUGCUUUGCGGCGAGUUCAAGUACAUGGUCCACAAGCAAAUUGCUGACGCCACCCCGGAACGGCUGAGCGUGGACCAAACGAUAUACCUUUUCAUCAAUGGUAUUACGCCGAAAACAAGUACGCCCAUGUCCCAGCUCUAUGACCAGUUUCGACAAGCGGACGGUUUUUUGUACAUAAGGUUUGGUGCUGAAAAUACCUUGGGCUGA